GAUCUAAUCUACCUGGGCCCUCUGUCCGACACCUUCGGACCCAGCGGAUGCGUGCUGCCGCCCAGGGCAGAGGCUUUUGCAGUGGAUAUGGCCGCCCUUGCAGUGCCAGAAGACAAGGUCCUCGCCGCUGCUGACGGAGCCUCGCUUCGCAACGGCCGCGAGCUUUUGGUGUCAGAGGCCUCAGAUGACGAGGUCACCGUGGCAGGCAUAGCCCUGGCCAUGGCAGAUUGGCACCAAAGCGCAAG